AUGUGCCUGCCGCCUCCGCCGCAAAGCAGCCCCGGCUCGCCGCCGGAGCUGGUCGACGACGUCAUGCGAGAUAUCUUCCUGCUCAUCCCAGCGGACGACCCCAAGAGCCUCGUCCGCGCCGCCGCCGUCUGCACGCGCUGGCAAAGCAUCCUAUCCGACGUCGUCUUCACCCGUGAGUACCGCACGCUCCACGGGACGCCGCCCAUGCUGGGCUUCCUCCACAACACGAUCCAUACGAGGAGAGACGAGAGGAACAAACAGUACUUCGUUCCCACCACCUCCUUCCGCCCGCCGGCCUGCCACGAGCGCUGCCGUCUGCGCGCCCUCGACUCCCGGCACGGCCUUGUCCUCUUCCACACCUCUAAAAGCGGAGAGGACUUCGUUGUCUGGGACCCCGUCACCAAAGACUGGUGGAGAAUCAAGGCCAGCGACUAG